AUGAGGUUCUUCAUUGCCGCCGCUACGAUCGUAUCCGUUGCACUCGCUGCCCCAAAAGAUCCGUACCCAGCUCCUUGUGGUCGUUCUGAUCCCUCGGGUAUCUGUGCGACCAAGACAAGCUGCUACAAGCAAGGAGGCUUCUGGGUCCAGCGUGAUUGUACCUUUUACAAUGUCCUGGACAUCGGCUGCUGCUAUGACAUCCCGGGGAAGAAAGAGUAG